AUGGAAGGUCGUGGUCUUACUUUGAGGAGCAAGUCUCGACGUCGGCGUCCUCAGAUCAAGGAGCCCGUCCCCACUCGUGAGCGGGCGCCCCAGAGCGACGCAACGUCGGACUUGGUCAAACGGAGAUACUCGACUCGAUUUGCAGCGCCAGAGUUUGAUGCUAGCGCUCCCCCUGUUCCCGCGCUUCCUACGCAAGUGCCUGGUGGAAUCGGUGGGUUAGCACCGCCGUCCGUUCCGAGGCAGCCAUCACCGGCAGAUUCAAACUCACCAGCGCCGACGGUUGAUCUUAAUGUUUUGCGCGAUCCCAGUCUCCCUGUUGAUCGAUAUGUCGCCAGUCUUCUCGCCAACGCAUCGGAGGAGGAGAUCCAAAAGUACCAGGAGAGUCUUCGCAAAGUGAAGAACCGCACAUCCACCGACCUGCAGCAGAAUGUGUACCAGAAUCGUACCCAAUUUAUCAAAAUCAGUAAAGAGGCCGAGAAGCUGAAGGACGAAAUGCGGACCCUUCGUACACUCAUGGCGGAACUUACUACUGCUCUCGGACAAACAAGUGUGGGAAAUACACCUAACCCGAUGUCCCCGAUGGAAGAUUCGUUCCCGAAGCGGAAUGCCAAUCGCAGCUCAGUCGCCAACCUUGAGAGUAUGUGGAGCGUCCAGCUACAAACGUUGUGGAAGACUGUGGAAGGAUCGCAAAAAUGGCUGCCAGCGGUUCCAGGGCGGCACAUUGUCUUGGAAACGGGUAAUUGGGUCGAGCUGGACUCGGCCACCUGGAAGCCACGACGUGUCGUUCAUAUCGUGCUGUUGAAUGACCAUUUACUUGUGGCUUCGAAAAAGCGCAUGCGUGUUGACCAAAACAACUCCAACCACCGUGGACCUGUCCCCACAAGGCUAGUUGCAGAGUCCUGCUGGCCUCUUAGCGACAUUGACAUGAUUGACCUCGCGGCCAAUCUGGGGACUGGAACUGCCCGCGAAGAGGCCAUGGAUCGGGGAAUUGGGAGAUCGCUCAGCAUUCGCGUGGGAAACAAGCCUUUUACAUACCGCCAUGAGAGCACAUCGGCCAAGCAAGAGCUCCUUGCAACGUUCCGCAAGACUGUUGAGGACCUCCGCCGAACUAUGAGAUCUGAAUCCGAGGGGGCCGGCAUGCCAUUGGAGGGAUACGGAUAUCUCGCUAACAGACACAUGUCCCAUCAGAAGAAAAAGCGAGAGUCCUUGGAUAUAAAUGAUACGCCACGGGACAAGUCCGAUCUACGCAUUGAUGUGGAUGGAAAACAACAGAAUCUUCGAUGGGUCGAGGGACAGGUUGAUGAGCUCGAUAUGGACAUUGCUCUGCAGCGAUUUGAGGCUUCUGUGUACAGCAUUGAGCGGCUACGCAAACUGGCAAAGGGCCUCAAGGGCAACAGUAUCGCACAGGACGUCAUCAAUGUCAAGGUUGAUGGGCGCGCAACCCGGCUGGCUGGUAUUCUUUCAAGGGCACUGGUGGACAAGCAGUCAUUCCCGACGGCCACCAAGACUCAUAUCACCUGGUUGGCCAGGUUGGGGUUCGAAGACCAGGCUCGCGAGACUUACCUGAAGGCGCGAUCCGACGUGAUCGCCCAGCGCAUUCGAGCCUGUAUAUUCGAAGGCGACCUGCCUCUCUACAUCUUCCAGAUCUCCUACGUCUACUUCAAUCUCAUCAAGAAUACCGUCGGCACCUAUCAGCAAUGCUUCUCCAGCGCAAUGAGCAGCUCCUGCAUUCGCUGGGCGAAGCAUCAUCUCGACGGCUUCAAUGCCCUCCUCAAUCGACAACUCAGCAGCGUGCAACGUGGUACAUCUGUCUGGCAGAAAUGUCUGGAUAUUGUGCACGAGCAUGCUGCUCUGCUGAUGGAAGUGGGCGUGGACUUUACGGAUUUGGUAGCCCGUGGGUUAGAAGAGGGUGCUGAAAGUUCCUUGGAUGGGCCACGGACCGUUCAACCUGGCGAGCUGGCACCAACCCCAUCCCCGGUGGAUAUGCUGUGA